AUGGGAAGCGUCUGCUUCCCUAAUUCGUCCAACUUUGACAGUGACGCCUGUGCUACCGUCCAGGCAAAUUAUAUGAAUGGCACUUUUCGCCAAACGUCUAGUGGAGCGCUGGAAAAUACGGCGUGGGAAGCUUGUGGCACCGCAAAUUGUUAUCCUGGCGUCUUUGCACCACAGGGACAGACGUGCUCCCUAGGAAGACUCUCUGCGCUACAGGUCAAUGUCCAAAACAGUCAAGAUAUUACGACUACGCUAUCGUUUAUUCGGAAAUACGGUAUUCGAAUGGUGGUCAAGAAUACUGGCCAUGACUACCUUGGUCGAAGCAGCGCAGCAAACACCCUUGUCCUCAGCACGAAUAAAUUGAAGAAUAUGUCGUUUCAAUCCUCUUUCACAGUCCGAAAUUGUCCUGCUGCAGGCAACAAGCAGAAUAUUGCUAUUAUCGGGGCUGGUGUUAAUGCAGAGGAAGCUAUGGGCUUCUUUGACAAGCAUAACAUGAUGGUUACCAUUGGCGGCUGCGCUACGGUGGGCAUUGCAGGGGGAUUUGGCCAAGGCGCCGGCCAUGGUCCCCUGGCACCCACUUACGGGCUGAUGGUGGAUCAGGCUGUUGAAUUCGAUGUUGUCACACCGGACGGAGUUUUCCGGACCAUCAACGAGUGCAAUGAUCCUGACCUCUUCUGGGCAAUGCGAGGCGGUGGCGGACAGUCAUAUGCUAUUCUCGUCAACUACAAGUUCCAGGUGUAUCCCAAGACGCAAUGGGCUGCAUGGCGCCUAGAGGCGACCGUCGAUCAUAGCGAUCCUGACUUCACAAAGAGCACGGUUUUGACUGAUGUUCUUACAGAGCUGUCUAAUGAGCAAACUACCUGGUCAAAGAAUGGCAUCGCGGCCUAUAAUGUCGUUACAGGGACUGAGCUUCAACUGCUCGAAGUGCUUCCUGUUGGGCAGGACCCCCUGGGGACAAUAAAACAACUCACAUCCCGGUAUAAUUCCUUCUUGACUGGCCAUGCGGGACUCAACAUUACAACCAACUCCUACGUUUUGUACAGUAGUGAGAAGGACUUCUACGCCGGCCAAGAAGCUUAUCUUGAGAAAUUCGGUGGUGUUGGCGUUUCCGUCCUGACCCCGAGUCGCCUCAUCACCAAGGAUAAUUUCGAAACCCCUGCCAAGGUGGAUGCCCUUGUCAGCGGCAUUUUGCAGGGUAUGGAAACUGCCCGUCAGCAGCUGGGUGGCUCUCUGGGCAGUACGUUUGAGGUUCUCAUCCUAGCGACUGGAGCAAGCAAUACACCCGAUACACAAAAUGCAACCAGCGCCAAUCCCGCAUGGCGAAAUACUUUCUGGCAUCUCAUCGGAGUGGCAGUCUGGCUGCCCGGCUCUCCCGACUCCACCAGGGACCAGGCUGCGGCAGCCGCUCGCGCUGCUAUGGGAGAAUUCAAGAAACCACUUGCGGUACAGGCCGCAUACUUGAACGAAGCAGACCCGAACGAGGCUGACUGGCAAAAUGUCUUCUUUGGUGCAAAUUACGAUAAGCUGCUUGCGAUUAAGCAAAAAUAUGAUCCUGACACGCUGCUGAAUUGCAAGGCGUGCGUGGGCUACCUUGGAGACAAGGACCCUAUGUAUUCUUGCUAUUCGGAAAACCCUGUUCCGUCAAUGCCAUACCCGUUUAAUUAG